AGGUGGUGGCCGACAAUGUCUUCGUCAUCGCAGCGUUCCUCGCGCAGCGGUGACUCGUUCGGUUCGCUGGGUCGGCCUUCGCCGGAGAGCCAAAGCAGCGCCGUCAUCUCGCUGCUCAGUCACGCCCGCACCCUGCGCGUGCCGUACGGAGAGCAGAAGCGCAUGCUGGCGCAGGCCCUGCUGGGGGACCCUCACUUCGCCGAGAGCGGGGAGCUGCUGCAGACCAUGGAGAAAGGAGUGAUGUACCCGGUGAUCCACCUGUACGAGCUGCCGGGGCCAUUUAUGCCCAUGGAAGACCGGCUGCUGGGACACGAACGGCUGGGACCAGACUACGUGCUGCACCAAGGCAUCUACGAGGAGAUCCGGCAGCACCUACCGUACGGUCGCAGCGCGUACGCCAGCCCCGACGACCGCCGCACUGCCUACAUCGUGGCCGGCUUCAAGGUCCUCGAGGCGACAUUUCGAGACGUCAUGGAGAACAGCUGGAAGGACUGGACGGGCGCGCGCGCCAUCUACAUCAACCUGGCGCAAGAGUUUGGCCUGCACCGGUUCUCUCUCUACCGCAGAUCCCAACCAACGAGUGACUUCAGCACCUUUUCGUACGUGCUGCUCAUCGAGUGCCGGACAGUGACGGCGGACAACGCCCUUCGGCUGCUGGACUUCGUGCAGCGCUUCCGGUCUAGCCGCAUGUCCGGCUACCUGUCUGUCUACAAUGCGCGCCACCUCGGCCUGGAGAGCUACGCCCGCGGAAGCCAGGAGCUGCUGGUGCUCAGUCCAACGCUGCAUGGCCCGUCCGAUUGGUGGAAGCAGGUACAAGAUGCCGUGGCCACCAGCAGCAACGGAAGCACCUCGGACCUGUCAAGCACCACGUCGGAGUCGACUAGCUCGGACGACAACGCCAGACCUCGCGUCACCACGGUGACCACAACCAUGCGCUGUCCCAUGGCAUCAUCGAGCGCAACGUCCCGCAGGUCGACGACGAGGGCGACCCAACCGCUGACCGCCGUCGAAGUCGUCGCGACUGAAGACACCCCCCUGUGUUACGUCGACAAUGUCAACGUAAUCACACUACCAGCUGUUGGAAACCACCACCACAGUAGAAUCAACAACAAGUGUUCUACCAUGACUCCCAUCUACGAGAACCUCGUAGGCUCGAGCCGUUAUUACCAGGACACCGACACGCACUCUUCCCACAGCUCACGGUCACACUGCUCGGCUCGGGGUUCCACGAACGGUUCAUCCACUAAUGGCCUGGAAGAGACAGACCUGUCUUACUCAGUUGAAGAGGAGUCCUACUCGUCGUCGGCUAAUACCGGAAGCGGUUCGGACGACGUGAACUCUUCCGACCAUAGGCGACCCAGGUCGUCCAGGUCGUCAACGAUGCGUCGGGUAUGGUUCGAGGACUGCGUCCUCUUGGACGACGUCAUCGCCCAGGCGGCCGAAAGGGAGCCGCCGUCUCCACCGAAGGUCAAGAACCGCAACGACGACGACCAACGGUCGUUGGCCAAGGAGUACCUGGCUUUGGAUGAGAUGUUGCGAAACCUGCAGUGCACGGACGAAGUGCCCCCGCCCGAACCUCAGAGUUCUGUCAGGCGGAAACUGUGGUAGACUGGUGAGGGGUGGGGCGGGCCCGGAGAUCAUUUACUAUGAUCGUGCAUAUAAGGAUGACGUCUGCAGGGCUGGGAACUGGGGCAGCUAGACAAGUGUUUUAUGUCUAUUGGUUUGGCCAGAUAGCAUCAGGGUUCGGCGCAUAUAUAAGCCUGCACACAGAGAAAGGAAGCAGGGUCCCCUUCCUAAUCAUCUAAGAGUGGUGCCCAUCCCUGUACCAAGUCAGCCCUCGAUAAUGAAACUUGAGCACAUGGCAGGGACGAGGGAAAAAACUGUCCCUUUCUCUGUCUCUUUCAGUAAACUGAAUUUUCAUUAUGGACCUGUACCAACACUCCCAGCUGUAUGAACUAACAGACGGACAUGUGCACCAUUGUUUAAAGUGCAGUAGUGGUGGCUGAAGAGCCCUGAUGUUCCUUUACCAAAACGGUUUUGUGAGGAAACAAACUUCUGUCUCUGGCUUUCUUGGGGUAAACGUGUGCAGUAAACGGUCCCCAUUUACCCCAGGGUAGUCAUAUAUCGAAGGCAGGGCAUUGUGACAAGAGCGCACGUCAGCGUUUUCUUUUUUGU